AUGGUAUACCUUCGUCCACGUCCCGACGAGGUGGAUCUAUGGGAGACCAUGGGAAGCCCUGGUUGGACGUGGGAAUCGCUGUUCCCCUAUUUCCUGAAAAGUGAAAAUAUCACCCAGGAGCCGAAUGUCGCUGCGUUAUACCAGCCAGCCUUCCAUGGCACGCAGGGCCCGCUCCAUCUGGGUUUUCUCAACUGGACCCGUCCACAAGAAACAGACCUUGCGCUGGUAUUGAAUACCACAUGGAAUUUGACCGGGCCUAAUACAGACUAUGAUCUUAAUUCAGGUCAUCCACGGGGGCUGGGAAUCUAUCCUUCAACUAUUGAUGAAAUCCAGCAAAUUCGAUGGGAUGCCGCGGAGGGGUACUAUUGGCCAUUUGAAAAUCGAACCAACUUGCAUGUGCAGCUGGACACCUUUGCGACUAGAAUUACCUGGCAUGCAAACCAACUCGAGCCCAUCAUCGCCGCUGGAGUUGAGAUGAGAGUCGGUGACACGAUGAUGUCUAUACGCGCGAAAAGAGAGGUCAUCAUCGCAGGCGGUGCCAUUCAGACCCCGGCUCUUCUCGAGAGAUCGGGUAUUGGAAAUCCGCGCAUCCUGCAGCAAUUCCAGAUCCCUGUUCAGGUGGAUUUGCCAGGGGUGGGAGAGAAUCUCCAGGAUCGGAUGAGUGGCUUCGUCACCAUGUCCAGCGAGAGUCCUAUCACCGGUCCUAGUCCCGUCGCCUAUACCACGAUAUCGGAUCUUUUCACCUCGAAUCUCUCUCUCAAUUUAGAACGGAAUUUAUGGGAGAGGAUCCCUGAAUAUUCUCAUAGCAUCAUGCAAGAGAGCGACGGGGCGCUGAACAUGACUGCAAUCCAGAGACUAUACGAAACCCAGCACCGUCUCCUUUUUCAGGAACGAAUCCCGGUGGCGGAGUUCCUGUUCCGCGUCAAUACUGAAGCCCCAAAUACCAUACAGGUGAAUUUCCUCAAUGAAGUACCCUUCUCCCGCGGAAAUACGCAUAUAUCUUCCGCCGACCCGAUGGAGCCACCAGCGGUGCGCCCUCGUCAUGGGACCUUGGAAUGGGACAGGACCAUUCAUGUGGCUAUGGCCAAGGCUUCGCGAUCUAUACUUCACCGCCAGAAGGCUUUCAAUCUCACAGAAUCCGUGCCCGGAUUGUCUGAAGUCCCGGCCGAUGCCUCCGAUGAGAUCUGGUGGAAAUGGUUGAGUCGCAGCUGUAAGUGUACCACCUUCUUUUUGCAUGCACUCAACAAGACGAUCUUUCUUUAUUUACUAAGAGCGACGUUAGAUAUACCAUCUCCUCAUGUUGUUGGAACGUCGGCGAUGAUGCCUCGGUCCCAGGGUGGUGUGGUGGAUGCACACAUGAGGGUGUAUGGGACCGCCAAUGUGAGGGUGGUCGACGCCUCCACGCAUCCGGUCCUGCUCGGCGGACAUCCUAUGAGUAGUCUUUAUGCGUCUGCCGAGCGAAUAUCAGAUAUAAUCAAGGCAGAUCAGGGCAUAUCUGUGAGUCGUGCAACUAAUGAUGGCUUAUUAUUUGCAUAUCAAUCCCAUUAG